AACACUUUCAGUCAGCCACCAUUUUGUAAGUCGCUUUUUCUUUUUUCAAAUAAUUUACCUUCCCGCCGGAAUAAUAAAUUCACUUUUUAAUAGUAAUGGCAGCGGCGUUGAAACCGACGCGCUGACCGGGUCGGUUUCGGAGGAUUUGGAGGUUUAUGGCGUAACGCGCUGUGUAUGUGACUGGAUUUAGGCGGCGCCAAGCGAAGUGACUGUCCGUGUCUCUGUGGUCUGCCGGGCCGGUUCGCUGCGCAGGUUUGGAACGCGCGCCAUUUUGUGAAAUUUACAAAAAUCCCGUCCAAGAAAACAAGGUUUCUUAUCGAGCGGCCUGCGAUACAGAAGUACAUGCUUCUGGGAAACUUGGAUAAAUAAGCCACGGCGGCAGUCGGCGACGGUUUGGCGCUUUUUUCGGCGCGGUUAAAUCCGAGCGCGUGCUUUUUUUUGCAGACUCGGAUCGCCUAUAAGUUUGUGUUUCGGCUUUGCUAGUUGACGGAGAGGCGCUGUUGAUUUGGAAACUGAAUUGACACCGAGUCGGAGAAGUGAAUAUCUGCUGCUUUGGCGGAUCUGGGGGGGACUCCUUGGAGGACGAGGCACGGUGGAUUCUUUACUUGGCCCCCUGCGCUCCUGGGACUUUAAAUGAAGAUUGCUUCACAGAUAGAAAGAGGGACGCGUACUGACAAAGGGUGAUGUAGUAGUGGCAGUAUGUUACAAGAAACAGAUCCACACCAAUGAUUGUGCUCGAAAUAGAAGAACUAGAGCAUCCAACAGUGAGAAUCUCUGUUGUAAAAGAAGGGGUAUUUUCACCCGGAAACCACUUGCAAGUUGGCUUAGUGGGUUGUGGUUUGCUGCUGGACUCUCCUCCCAGGAUGAUAUGAAAUUUAACAGGCAACGAUGCAUACAGGAGGAGAGACUUCAGCAUGCAAACCCUCAUCUGUUCGGCUUGCUCCUUCGUUUUCUUUCCAUGCUGCUGGGAUUCAGAUGGCUGCUCAGAUGCCCCACUCGCACCAGCAGUACAGCGACCGUCACCAGCAGAGUACGGACCCGUCUGUCACUGUGCUGCCGUACAGUGAGCAGGCCCAGCAGCCCGUCGUCAGCCAGAGGCGCAUGCCCCAGUGCUUUCGUGACUCCGCCUCGGCUCCCCUGAGAAAGCUCUCUAUUGACCUGAUCAAAACCUACAAACACAUCAAUGAGGUAUACUAUGCAAAAAAGAAGCGUCGUCAUCAACAAGGCCAGGGUGAUGACUCCAGUCACAAGAAGGAGAGGAAGGUUUACAACGAUGGCUAUGAUGACGACAACUACGACUACAUUGUGAAGAAUGGCGAGAAGUGGAUGGAUCGCUAUGAGAUCGAUUCUUUAAUAGGCAAAGGGUCAUUCGGGCAGGUUGUAAAAGCGUAUGACCGCGUGGAGCAGGAGUGGGUGGCAAUUAAGAUCAUCAAGAACAAGAAGGCUUUUCUAAAUCAAGCCCAGAUUGAAGUGCGGCUCCUGGAGCUCAUGAACAAACAUGACACGGAGAUGAAGUAUUACAUAGUUCACCUGAAACGUCACUUCAUGUUCCGGAACCAUCUCUGCCUAGUGUUCGAAAUGCUGUCAUACAACCUGUAUGACCUGCUGCGGAACACCAACUUCCGGGGCGUCUCGCUGAACCUGACGCGCAAGUUCGCCCAGCAGAUGUGCACGGCGCUGCUCUUCCUCGCCACGCCCGAGCUCAGCAUCAUCCACUGUGACCUAAAGCCCGAGAACAUCCUCUUGUGUAACCCCAAGAGAAGCGCCAUCAAAAUAGUGGACUUUGGGAGUUCGUGCCAACUGGGGCAAAGGAUAUACCAGUACAUCCAGAGUCGAUUCUACCGCUCCCCCGAAGUGCUGCUGGGAAUGCCUUAUGACCUGGCCAUUGACAUGUGGUCCCUGGGCUGUAUUUUGGUUGAAAUGCACACUGGAGAGCCUCUCUUCAGUGGGGCAAAUGAGGUAGAUCAGAUGAACAAAAUAGUUGAAGUGCUUGGUAUCCCUCCCAACCACAUACUGGACCAGGCUCCCAAAGCAAGGAAGUUCUUUGAGAAGAUGUCUGACAGCACAUGGAGUGUAAAGAAGACCAAAGAUGGCAAAAGGUAUAAGCCCCCGGGAUCCCGCAAGCUCCACAGCAUCCUCGGGGUUGAAGCCGGCGGCCCCGGAGGACGCCGGGCUGGGGAAUCCGGACACGCUGUAGCCGACUACUUGAAGUUCAAGGACCUCAUCUUACGAAUGCUGGACUAUGACCCCAAGAGCCGCAUCCAGCCCUACUAUGCCCUGCAGCACAGCUUCUUCAAGAAGACGGCGGACGAGGGGACGAACACGAGCAGUAGCGUGUCUACAAGCCCCGCGCUCGAGCAGUCACAGUCAUCCGGAACCACGUCCAGCACGUCCUCGAGUUCAGGAGGCUCGUCUGGGACAAGCACCAGUGGCAGAGCAAGGUCCGACCCGACCCAUCAGCACCGGCACAGUGGAGGACACUUCACUGCAGCUGUGCAGGCCAUGGACUGCGACAACCUCUGCCCGCAGGUCAGGCCGCCGUACCCUCCAGCCCUGGGCUGGGCGGUCAGUGAUGGAACCCAGCAAGUGGCAGUGGAGACCCACCCGGUACAGGAGACCACCUUCCACGUGCCUGCCCAACAGCCUAAAGCGCUGCACCCCAACAGCUCUCACCACCAUCACCACCACCACCACCACCAUCACCACCACGGACAGGGCCUGUCCACGCGCCCCCGCCCUCGCCUCUACAACUCCCCCACUAACAGCUCCUCUACACAGGAUUCCAUGGAGGUCGUCGUUCACAGCCACCUGUCCAUGACCUCCCUGUCUUCCUCUGCAUCCUCUUCCUCCACAUCUUCCUCCUCCACUGGGAACCAGGGCAACCAGGCAUACCAGAACCGCCCGGUUGCCUCCAAUGUCUUGGACUUUGGCCAAAAUGGCAGCAUGAACAUGGGAUUGGGUGCCUUCUCGAAUCCCCGCCAAGAGACUGGCAUAGCAGGACAUCCCACGUACCCUAUCGCCACGAACACGGGGCCUGGUCACUAUAUAACGGAGGGUCACCUGGGAAUGAGACAAGGCAUCGACAGGGAGGAGUCCCCCAUGGCAGGAGUCUGUGUUCAGCAGAGUUCUGUGGCUAGUUCGUGACUAAACUGAGAAUGGUUUUUUUUCUGUGUGUAUUUUUUAAGGUGGUGUUUUUCAAAAAAAAAGUGCAUAGAGAUCAAAAGCUGCUUAAAUCAGAAGGGAGAUUAUCACUGAACCGCUACCACAGUGCAGAGCCCAUAUCUUAAGUUAUCUUCUCCGCGUCCCGCCCCUCGUCUUGUUUAAUUUUGGUUUUAUCAGUCAUACGCAAGUCACUAGAACUGCUAAAUAGGUAUUGCAAAAACAUACGGAAAUUUAUUUAUGUGUUGACAUUCUGAAUUUCUCAUCUGCUGUUUUAGUUCUGAGUUUCCAUGAUGAUUGGCUUCAUGUGUUCAUCAUGCGUGACAUUUUUUCGUGGAAGAUAUCUGUGGGUUGUAAGAAUAGUCACACACAUUGUUGCUGGUGGAUAUUGGUUUAUAAAAAGAAAAAUAUAUAUUACACCCCUGCAGUUUAAUCCCAAGCAUUCAAACAUUUUUUCCCUCUUAGCAGAAUCAUUUUGUAAAUUUUUUUAUUUUUUUUUCGUUCUCCUUUUUCUCUUAAGUUUUUAUGUUGUGUGCAAUUCUACAAAGGAGCUGUGUGCUUAGAGCCUGUAGCGUAUGGCAAGGAGGAAGCCCUUGCGGUGUGAUUCCAUCUGUCAGCUUUGUGUUACUCUCUGCGAGGGGGCACAGUGCAGCCGAGGCGAGGCGGCGGGUGUCAGGCGGCGCAUGGGCACCGGAGCCGCGCCCGCAGCCCUGAGGGACCCGGGGAGGCAGGCCAGCUGGGACCCUGUGGGGCUAAGCUGCGGAGAUGCACUGGGGAGUGAGUGUGGCCCCGCCUUGGCGAGCCGGGCAGCGGCGGCGGUCUCUUGAGAUUACCCUUUGGCCUUAUGAGUUUUGGACUCUGAAUGGAAAAAAAGAGAAGCUGGACGUUAUCAUUUAAAUGAGAAAAAAAUAGCUUUCCUGUAUUUUUGAACUCUAGACAGCCCUUAAUUCUUAACAAAAAAAGAAAAAAAAUAUGAAAAAAAGGUAUUUGAGAAUGGUGAUUUAUGAGGCCUUUCAGCUAAAAAUUUAUAACUUCAGAGACCCUAUGGUUGCAGGGUCUUGUAAGUUCACACGCGUGUCCUAAAUGUGACUUCCUAAAAAUCCUGAAGGUCACAGAAGUAGUGUUGUGAGAUGGAUGGAAUUUGCUACGACUGUGUCCCUUCCUGCUUUUACUUGCUCCCCCCCCGCCACCCCCCCUUUUUGUGUUUUAUUUCUUCAGCAUGUGGUUUCUCCAACAGCUUCUGCACAAAUGUCUUCUGUUCAUCUUGAAAAUGAAAACAUCCAGAAUUUUAUGUGACUGCUUUUUUGCCUCACAAUUAUGCUGUGAAUUUUACAAGAAUUUAUUUUCCCUUUUGAUAAUUUAUUGUACCAAAGCUGUUUUUUUAUAGCACAUAGAUGUCUGUAACCAAUAAUGUAGCAGUUCUGCACUUUGACACAAGGUGUAUCAAAACCUUUUUUAAAUGUCAGUAAAAAAAUGGCUGUAUCUAUUGCUUUAGCAAAACUGGAACUGUUGUUAAACUCAGUACAUUUACUGUUAGAUGUAUCCUGGACAGAAUUGGUUGUAUCCUCCUUCCCCUCCUCCCUUCCUCCUCCCAGCACCCCCUUCCCACCCCACAAAAAAAAGACGACCUUUCAUUGAUAGAAAUUUUGUUGAUCUUGUCAGGCCUUGAGGGACAGUACAUGCAGAUUCUGGUUGCUACUCUGCAGGUUCCGGAGUACUGGAUUGAUGUGUGGUGUUUCAAAUUUGGGGUCAAGAUGCAUUUGAGCAACAGAGCAUUAGUUAUAAAGAAUUGCGGCAUUAAGAGGUUACUCAAAGUGUGCGUUUCGAAAUGGUACCCCUCUCUGAAACUUUGAAUCAAAUCUAACAGUCCAAGGCACUGUACACUAUCCAACGAGAUCGAUGCUAGAUUAGAUUCGUGUCCUAAAACCAGGUGUUUGAAAUCCACACCAUUGACUGAAGCCUUGAACAUGGUAAACAAUUAGCUGAUGUGGUGACAGUCGCAUGUCUGCUGGAGCUCUGAGCUCUAGUAUGUAAGAUUAGUUUACUGGGGCAAAAGUGUUUCCAACAGGAUCUGUCUGCGAGUCUAAUGGAACAACAUCAGUGAGGGACGGUGUCCACAAAAUGCAGGCUUCAGGUGUUUACUUUUCACCUCCCCCCUCCCCGUUUUAAUAGUUGAAAUAGAAUUUAUGUACAUAUUUAUAUUUUUUUAAAUAAAGGAAGUUUAGAACUCACUGCUUUUCCUAACGGUAUUUUGAUUACAUUUAAGUCAAUGUGGGAGUCUUCUGUGAUUUUAGUAAAUGGCUAACAGUGCUUCCAGGCCAAAGUAGUUGACAAACGCCAGUACAAAAGUGUAGGGUUUUACAUUCAACAGGUAACCGUAGGUCUUCAUACCUUAAGUAUUUUAGACAGGGUAUAACGUGUGGCUGUUUGUCUACGAACCUGGAUGACAAGUGUGUUUGUUUUUAUAUAUAUAUAUAUAUAUAUAUAUAUAUAUAUAUAUAUAUGAUUACACACACACAUCAUUUUUAUAUUGUAUCUCAAUAUGAUAUAAAAAUGACAUCAUGGGAAACUUUUUUUAUUGUUGCGUUUUAAUUGGCACGAGCUUCAGCGGUGGGUCCAUUUGAAGUCCUGCUCUUAGGUGUGAGUGCGCACAUCUGUCUCGCCAGUAUAACCUAUGCGUGGUCCACUUUGAAACAUCCAUACUCCUGAAACUUUUUCAACAAUUCGGUGUAGUUACAAGGUCCGCUGCUCCUCUCAUUUCAUUCUUAGGAAAGUGACUUUUUUUUGUCCCUCUAUACCAGACCCUUUCCCUCCCUUCCCCCAUAACCCCUCCCCUCCCAGUCCAGUUUAGAGCGAUUGGCUACACGGUUUGGUUACAGGACGUCUGACGUGCACUGUAAAGAUGAACAGCAUGGGAAAGUACCUGUGUCCACAGAUUGUAAGAUCUAGUCGACUUGCUGUGUAUAUGAUAAUGUUACAAAAAGAAAAAAUGGACAAGCCCUUUGUAUUAUAUUCAAGCGGUCUAAUGUAUGAUAUAAAAAAGACGUUCAUUAA